UCAGAACGCAUGCGCGGAACAACCGGUGAUGGCAACGCAUAUAGAGGCUCCCGUACUUUAUGUAAUAAACUAGUACUUUAACGAUUAAUGUAAACAGUUUCCUUGACCAUCUGCCGCAUAAGAGAUAUGAAUGAGGACCACUUCGUUCUCCCUCGAGGUCCUGGCCUUACUGUUCCUGACUCUGAUCCCAUGGCCGGGGCCGUCAGUCUUCAAAAUAACUUGCUCUCGUGACAACUCGAAAAUUGUGAGGAAAGUUAUACAGAACAAAUGGCUCCCAGUGUUGGAGAGAUUUCAGGUGAAACUACCACUGGAGUGUCCAUUCCACCCAGCGCGCGACAUAUUCGCGCCACAGCAUGCAGCCAAGCUGCAGCACCGGCCCUCACAGUGGACCUGCGCCUUCUGCGGCAAGUCCUUCUACGAGGAACGACACCUCGACACGCACUUCGACCAGCGACACAAGAACCAGAUUAAUAAGGCGGAGGAUGCAGUAUGCCUGGCGGACUACUGCGAUAUCAUGCGGUGCCAGGUGUUGGUCGCUCACGGCUUGCUCAGCGGCGCUGGCGGCCCCAGCACUGAUAUUGAGGUAUGGCAAGACGUAGAAGCGGUGAAGAAAGCCCUGGCGCCAGCAGCUACACGGAGCGUGGCGCGGGUGGCAGCACGGAGACGACACCGCCCCCGCACCUCACCCUCCCCGCCCAUUGCUGACUGUCCAAGAACUGAGGCUGAUACUCGAGAAGAAGAACCUGCCAUACUUCCAGAGUCAGAAGAGAAGAGAACUGAAGACAGUGACGGGGACGCCAAUCAGACAGCGGAGCUCUGUGACGCCGACACUGUGGAGUCGUCACUACCCCCCGACAGCCGACAGAAGAGACUGGCGGACUUGCAGGCUGAGAGAGCAGCUUGUGACCCAACACGCCUUCAAACACUUAAGGUUCGCUGUGAAAGGAUCGUACAUUCCUGCAUAGCGACGCUUCUGCUUCAUCUAACUCAACAUCAGUUCACCGAGCUUGAAGAGGAGAUGCAGCGCGCGGUGUGCUGGUACCUGAGCUGUGACCGAUACUGGGAGGACACGGCUCCCACGGCCCGCGCCUUCCCCUGGCCUCUCUUGCUGGCGCUUGCCACCGGCCUAGCGCUGGCACUCUGCAUGUGUUAUUACAUCAUCUGGAUUGUGUUCGAAACUUAUGAACGGCUACGUAGCUCUGAAGAGGGCAGCAUCGCGGGCAGUGCGUCGGUGUCUAUGACGACGCACUCCUCGCCGACGCGCGGGGAGCGGCUGGCGGCCGAGGAGGCCAUGCUCGACGACCCGGAUCACGACGACCACUACAUAUACGUCACCUACCCGCCCGAGCUCAAGCGCAGGCUGCUCGAGAGCUGCUACAAUAGAACGACUCGCCUCUGAGAUCCGCAUCCAUGCCAUUGCGCCGCGCAUGCGUACUUUGUACCACUACAGUAGAUUUAAUAUUUAGAUUUAGUGGCAACUUCAAAAUAUUGUGUUAUAGAAAAUUAUGCGUAUGUGUUCUGUUCCUUACAUCAUUGAGACAACGAUAAUAAUCUUUAUAAUCUAGUUGAAAUUGAUUCAAUUCUCAAAGUACUUGCCUACUCUAUUGAAAAAUGUGUUCAAAAACAUACGAUAUAAGGUACAGAAUCACACGAAAACGUACAAUAUUUUCACGAAUUUUCCAAGUAGAUAUUAGUAAUAAAUUAAUAAAUUCUCUUGUUUGAUAUUAUUGUACCUUAUAUUAUUAUUUUGUUUUCUAGUUUAUUUAGACGUAGUUCGCUUGAAAAAAUUGGUGCCUAAACCUUUCAGUUUGUUUUUAUCGUGCCUACAAAUAAGUAUUUCUCUAAUAGGUAUUUAUGGUACUAAGAAAGUCUGUACAUACGAAUGAUGACGUCUAUAUUAUUAUCAUGUAUUCAUAGUGGAACUCAAAUAAACAAGAGAAUAUUUUUAUCCUAAAACGCAUUUUAAACCCCUAAUUGCUCACGACAUAAUUAUACCUAAUUAAUAUUGUAUUGAUAUUUACCUACUCAUAAAGUGUUACCAUUUUCAAGUUAUUAUUUAUUGUAAAAUCCUGUUAUUUAUUUUAAAAAUAAAUAUUUUUCUGUUUAUUUUAAUAGGAUAAAUAAAAAUCGAACACGUAGGAGUUUGGGACUAUCUUUUGUACAUGUAGGAAUGAUUGUGAUAUCCAUUAAAUUAUUUGUUGUUUGUUUAUCAUUGUUUGUUAAACCAUUCUUAUUUUAUUCAAAUUAUUGUAUAGUCACUGUCACUAGUCAUUGUCUUUACGAAUUAAUGUCUGUUCAUUUAUUUAGAUGUACCAACAUUUCUCUAAAUUAUUUUACUGUCAUUAAGUAAUUAUUAUACUUACUUAUAACUUACCUUUAACGCGCUAUAUGUAUAAUAUAAACUGCUUUUUAACUUUUGCAUAAGUAAAUGCUUGAAGAGACUGAAGUAAAGCAUUUUAGUUGUACCUUCUAAUAUUAUGAACUCACUCAUUUUUAACGUAAUUGAGAGCACCGUAUCGUUUUUCCGUUGUUUUAACAAUAUUUGUAAUAUAAAAAACAAAAGUUUGUUAAAUAAAAUUCUUGAUAAAAA